AUGUGUCAUAGCGUCACCUGGUAUCAUACCCUCUGUGGGCACGUCGACAAUGCAAUGUCAACACUAAUCUAUUGCGACGAUGCCAUCUACACAGGUACAGACUGUCUACCAUAUGCAAAUAAUAUCGACAUCCCCGUCAUUGGACUAUGCGAAGAAUGCAUCAUUGAGAAGAAUCGUGAACGCACUGCCAGACCUGGGCUGGAACUGCAAUCAAAAGAGGAGCAUGCACCUCUAGUCGAGACACAGGCCAACGAAGCUACUACGACGGAUACAAACAUUCAGAGCCAGGAAACCAGCAUUAGAUAUGAUACUUGGAACAAUGAAUAUGAACCCAAUACAGAUGAGCCUUACGGUUUACGUAUCACUUAUACUAACGAGAUGGUCUGGCAAUGGUUGAACAACCCCGUAUCGCCAGUUCCCCUAUCUCCAGGCUCAAUGUCCUCCUAUGAUGACUCACCUCAGCCUAUGCUCAGGAACCGACACUCUUACAUUCCGGUUCCUAUGAGGAUGAUCAGACCUAAGACCCAGCCCAGUACUCAGCGCUCGGAUAUUCCAAUUCCAAUUCGUAUGCUUCAGAAGACAACAUGGGAAAGCACCCGGCCAUUGGGUGCAAUCGGGAUGCGGCUGUUUGAUCGGAUUACGCUCUGA